AUGUGGCAGAGACGCCUUCUCUCCACCAAUAUCCACAAAGCAUCAUUCGAAGCCUCAGCCCCUCUCCAGAAUCGAAACCUCAAGAACAGGAAAUGGGCGGUGAAGCAAGUGAAAAAGUCCAAUUUCGUGGAGGCGUUGGAUGAAAUUAAAACCCACAUCGCCAAUUCCGAUUUCGUUGCCGUUUCUCUGCAAAAGACCGGCGCUUUCUCAUCACCCUGGCAAAAAGUGCUUCCCUUUGAUACUGCUGACAUUGCGUAUUUCAAAGCCAAGUAUGCUGCCGAGAGGUUCCAGAUGUUUCAAUUCGCAGUUUGCCCUUUUUCUGUCAAAUCCUCCAAACUCAUUGCUUACCCGUACAAUUUUCAUUUGUUCCCCAGGGAUGAGUUGAAAAUUGGGAUGCCUUCUUACAGCUUUUUGUGUCAGUCAUCUUAUUUGACAGCUAUGGCACGGGAAGGUUUUGAUUUCAAUGCUUGCAUUAAUGAUGGCAUAUCAUACUUAUCCAGAGCUCAGGAAUCAGCUGCAAAAGAUAGGACUGGAAAUCCAUUGCUUAAAUACAAGGAGAUACACUCUCCACUACCUAAGUCGGCUAAUUCUGUGGCUGAUUCUAUGUUUGUAGAAAGGAUUAAAUCUCGGAUUCGGAACUGGAUAAGUGCAUGUCAAGAUUCAGAAAAAAAGACUGAUGCUAAUGCAGAUGCCUUGAUUAAUUCUCUGAGGAAGAUAGUGUCUGGAAGUGAAAUGUUUGGCCUGAGGUCAAGCUUGACUGUAGACGUUUGCAGUGACCGCCAAGUGCAGCUGGUAUUGGAGUCAUUGAAUAACUUCACCAGUGUGGUGCCGUUAUUGGUUCCAGGGAAGGAAGGAAAUACCCAGGCUGUUCGAGUUGUUUUGACAACUUCGGAAGAGGAUAAAGUUGCUUUUGAGAAGGAACUACAACUCAAGGAAGAGGAACAUAACAAGCGGAUCCGGGGCUUCAGGGAGGUGAUCGAUUUGAUUUCCACAUCACAGAAACCUGUUGUUGCCCACAACUUGAUUAACGAAUUUACAUUUCUUCAUUCAAAAUUCCUGGCUCCAUUACCUUCAACAAUUAAUGAAUUCAGGACUUCCUUGUGUUCAAUUUUUCCUUACAUAUUUGACGUCAACCAUCUGAUGAUGGCGAUUGGUUCUCAGAGGAAACUAAACAAACUUUCUGCGGCGAUUUCGCAAAUGAAAAGGAGGUUCACCGGGCAACUAAAUGUGGAGAUUCCUGAGACUUUUGGACCAAGUGAUAUUGGUGGUCACGGGCGUAGUGUUCUAAGGAUAUGUGAACUCUUCGCCAAGCUCAGCUUAACAUUGAGUCCUGACGCUGCUGAUACCGCACCCCCUACCCUUAUGUCUGAAGCGAACAUCUUUAAUCCACACUUGUCCAGUCCAUCAGAUCUUUUGGAUGAAGAUGUUGGAAUUUCGACUAAAGACACUAGAAGAAUUAACAUCAGUGAUUUGGUUUUCUUGUGGGGUUUUGGAGAGGGAAUGUCAGCACGCAAGCUGAAAAACCUACUCAGUAGUGCACAUGAGGCGUUCUCUGGAGAAUUUGAUGUUAGAAUGGCAGAUACUAAUUGUGCUGUUGUUGUUUUCUGGAAUCCUGGUUUUGCUGAAAGGUUUCUGGAGAUAAUGAAUUCUGGAGGAAUGAAUCAUGAACCUCUUAAAGAUUUGAUUUCAGAAGGUGUUCGAGCUGCAAGCUAUAGAACGUAUCAAAGGGUUUGUGAACAAGGUCUGUGGGAAGCUGAUUUGGCAGAUGCCUUAGACAAAGCCUUGGAAGGAACUGUAGACCAUGUAGAAGCCAACUCGGAACAGGAGCCACUUCAUGUCUCCUGGAACAGUGAUGAAUUGAUCAACCUUGAUGAUCUUUAA